AUGCGAACAAGUGAUGGGAAUUCGUUAUCGACACAGAACGUCGAGUUCCGUAUCCAGAAUGAGGACUUUCCUGCUUUGCCUGGUGCCAAUCAUUUGGAAAAUAGGCAGACCCAUGCAAGAACUACAAAUAACGUCGAUGCACUUGCCUCAGAAACAAGGUAUGCCGAGAGGUCGAACACUGAACCGAAGACAGGUAUCCAGACAUUUCCGGACGGUACGGUAAAGAAUAUCCCAGCAGGCAUGUUGAGCGACCAAUUUGGUAUGGCCGGAUUGUUGACAUUUUUGCGCGCAAUUGAAACCGAUCCUGCUAUUGUUGCACUUGCUCUUGGUCAUGAUUUGACAACUCUGGGACUGAAUCUGAAUUCCACCGAGCGAAACAUUUAUGCAACGUUUGGAGGACCAUGGGCAGAUUAUCCAUGUCGGAUACAGGAUCUAGAAGCGAAGGUGCCAGAUGAAUAUUUAACGAAUGCUUCGAUUCGAGAUAAGCUGCCGAAUAUCAAAUUGAGCAAGCUAUCAGAGGAUGUGCUGUUCUACCUCUUUUAUAAUUGUCCAGGCGAGGUUUAUCAGGUCGCUGCUGCUAGUGAGCUAUACAGUAGGGAUUGGCGGUUCCAUAAAAGUCAACGUGUAUGGCUAACGCGAUCGCAAUAUGGAGGUGUCAAAGAGCAGACAUCAACCUAUGAAAAAGGGUCGUACAAUGUUUUCGACCCUGUACAGUGGCGAAAAAUACCGAGAGAUAUGACGUUGGAGUAUAAAGAGCUUGAAGAACGGCCGAAAUUGCCUCAAUCUUUGCAACAGUCGGGUCAGCCACAAGUUGCGCAAUCAUCCUCUACAACCGCAUCGCAAAAUGGUUCAUAG